AUGAAGAACACCUUUAUCUUAAAUCAGAGUUUUCAGAGGGCUUUGGAUUUUGAAAAGCGGAGACAGUUUACUCUGAAAGUGGAAGCCAGCAAUCCUCACGUGGAUCCCAGAUUCCUCUAUCUGGGACCCUUCAAGGACAUUACUACUGUCAGAAUUCAAGUAGAGGACGUAGAUGAACCUCCAAUCUUCAGCAGACCAGCUUAUAUAUUAGAAGUAAAGGAAGAUGUCCUGAUAAAUACCGUCAUUGGAGCCGUAACAGCCCGGGAUCCUGACAGUGCAAAGAACCCCAUCAAAUAUUCUGUGGAUCGGCACACUGAUAUGGACAGAAUAUUCAACAUCGAUUCGGGAAAUGGAUCGAUAUUUACUUCCAAACCUCUUGACCGAGAAAUGUUAUUGUGGCAUAACAUUACAGUAAUAGCUGCUGAAAUCAACAACCCCAAAGAAAGCAGCCAAGUCCCAGUAUUUAUUAAAGUCCUGGAUGUGAACGACAACGCCCCAGAGUUUGUCAUGUUUUAUGAGACCUUCGUCUGCGAGAAUGCAAAAGCUGAGCAGUUUAGAAUGCUGCGUGUAUGCUAUGAAGACGAUGAUUGCACAUUUCUCCUGAUACAGCAAAUUUCCUUUGAUGGCUCAGUUACCGUGGUGCUGUUUGCCGCACUGAGACGGCAAAGGAAGAAAGAGCCUUUGAUCAUCUCUAAAGAGGACAUCCGAGAUAACAUUGUCAGUUACAAUGACGAAGGCGGCGGAGAGGAAGACACUCAAGCCUUUGAUAUUGGCACGCUGCGGAAUCCUGAAGCCAUAGAGGACAAUAAGUUGCGCCGAGACAUUGUGCCAGAAACGCUGUUCAUGCCACGCCGGACUCCAGUGGUACGAGACAACGCUGACGUCAGAGAUUUUAUUAGCCAAAGGUUAAAGGAGAAUGAUACAGAUCCAACUGCACCCCCUUAUGACUCCCUAGCCACAUAUGCAUAUGAAGGCAGUGGCUCAGUGGCGGACUCUCUUAGCUCUCUGGAGUCGGUGACCACGGAUGGAGACCAGGACUACGAUUACCUCAGCGACUGGGGGCCUCGUUUUAGGAAGUUGGCCGAUAUGUAUGGUGGCGAAGACAGUGAUAAAGACUCCUAAUUAUGUUGCCUUUUCCUUUUUCAAGAAACAGCAGUGAAAUGUGUGAUGUCGAUACUUCUUUCUAUAUAUCAACCAUUCUCGGAAAGGGUUCUCUAAACCUAUUGGUUGAAUUGUUUCUUGACUGCAGUCUUUGUGGAUCUAAUGUCAUUCCCACUGUAAUUUCAGCUUCCAAGAGAGGAAGAAAACCCCACAAAAACCUUUGUUAUUUUUUCCAAUCACGUUUUUAUUUAGGCAGUUCAACGGCCAAGCGGCGAAGCAAUUGAGGGAAAACCCUCCCAAAACAGAUAUGGAAUACUAGUUUUAAUAUGUUUCUGCUAAUUUUGUAAAUGGGAUUAUCUUAAUGUUAUAGCUCACCAAAUAACCUAUAUUUUAAUGAUUCACCCAAGACACAUUUUUAUGCAAAUUAUAUAAUGAGCACCCUAUUUUAAGGAAAUGGUAUGGCUUAUCAUAUAUUAUAGAAAAAGAGUGUAGGUCUCUUAAAAGCUACAAGGGAGCUACAGGUUGUUCUCACUUAACAAACACUUGUUCAGUGGCAUUUGAAGUUACAAUGACACUGAACGAGGGGGUUUAUGGCCAGUCCAAGCCUUGGAGUUGGGCCAUAAUAGCAUCCCUAUGAUCACUUGAUCUCAAUUUGGGCCUGUUGCAGCAUCCCAUAAUCAUGUGACCAUCAUUUUCAACCUUCACUCUGGCUUCCCACAAACAAAAUCGAUAGACUUGCAAGAGUAAAUUGAAAGUAACAUUUGGCUUAAUGACCAUGCGGGAUUCAUUUAACAACACAGCUGGAAGUGCUGGAACUGCCAUGUGAAGUUGGCCUGGUCAAUGUGAUGAUUGGCUUUACAACUGCCUCACUUAACGAUGGGCUUGUUGGUUCCAUUUAUUGUCAUUAAGUGGCAACUACCUGUAAGAUACUUUUAAAGAAAUUCAAUGGUCUUUUGAAUGCUAGGGUUAAUUUUGAAUUGGUCACUUUCCUCAAACUAUCAAAACAUAAUAAUAAUGGACAAUCAGAAGUUAGAAGAAAGGAGAGAGAUGUUUGUGUAUAUAUAUAUGUGCCUGGUAAGUGGUCCUAGCCAAUUGGGUACGAGGGCUACAGUAAUGUACUUUAAGAGAUAUUCUAUUCCUGGAAAGUAGUCUGUUAGAUAAGGUAAUGUAUAGGGAUUGUAACAACGUGUAUCAAGAAAACUGAGUAUUGCUGAAAAUAUGUAUUUAUUUCAAGUAAACCAACUUAAUAAUAAUAAGAGUAGAAUAAUUGAAAUCAAUGAAUUUCAAGUUAGAAAUAUCUAAAUUAAUUCCCACUGAUUUUAGUCACUCUGUUUUCAGCAGGAGUAAGUCUGAGUCCGAUCUAUAAUAUAUAAAGAGGGUUCCUAAUCUGUAUUUUGUGAGCUCAAUUCAUAUUAAUUAUUGCUCAAUACCAUUCAUAUCGGCAAAACAAAGGCUGUUAUGUUCUCUUUAUCAUUCGCCACUUGCUCAGCUGGUGGAUUGCUGCUAUUUCUACCUCCUGCUUCUUAACAAAAUACUCUGGUACUAGAGCCUAGGAUUAAGCUGACAGUAGGUACUAUAUUGUGCAGCAAGGAAAAGACAUGGGAGAAAUAAGGAACUAGUCCCAAGGGAAUGCCUGGCUAAGCAAGCAGCCAGAAGUUGCAUUUGAUACAACCUCACCUUCCAAUAAUAAUCCAGUUGAGGACUGGUUCAUGCUGCGAGGUGGCGCAAGUGGUUAAAUGCAGCACUGCAGGCUACUUCAGCUGAUUGCAGUUCAGCAGUUCGGCUGU